AUGUCAGAGACAAUGGAGGUUGACCUGACUGGAGUCAAACAAAGUAAAGGCGUGUGGCUUGUGAAGGUUCCCAAGUAUUUAUCUCAGCAGUGGGACAAAGCUGCAGAAAAGGGAGAAGUUGGAAAGAUUACCAUUGGAAAGAAGCAAGGCAAAACAGAGGUAUGUUUCAGCCUCAGUGAUGAGCUGAUAGCCUUGGAUGCUGUGGGGGAGAACGAUGCAUCACUGGAGGUCCCAAAGGAUCAUCCCUUUACAAUGCACCCAGUGGGUGGACAGACCAUGGCAGUCUUCAGCCACAGUAACACAGAUGAAAUCAGUCUGGAGGGGAUGGUGGUGCACCGAGCUGAAUGCAGACCAGUCGUCACUGACAGCUACAUGAAGCUGAAGAAAUUGCAGAUUAAAGAGUCCAUCAAGCCUCAGCGUUUGUCACAGCAGCUGGAGAGAGCCGUCACCACCAUCUUCAAGCCUGUGGCCAACCAUGAUUUCAAUGUGGAGUAUGAGAAGAAAAAGAAGACUGAAGGGAAGAUGGUGAGAGCUGAACGUCAGCUCGUGUUGGACAUGCUCUUCUCGGCCUUCGAGAAGCACCAGUAUUACAACAUUAAGGCGCUGGUGGACAUCACCAAACAACCUGUGACCUACCUGAAAGAAAUCAUGAGGGAAAUCGGCACAUACAACAGCAAAGGCGUUCACAAAAGCACCUGGGAACUGAAGCCGGAGUACCGACACUACCAAUCUGACGAGGAGGAGAUGCAGACCACCUAG